CAACUUUAUUUAAUAAACAGAAAUAAGUCACUAGGACCAGAUGGUUGUCAUUCAAGAGUUCUGAAGGAACUAAAAUAUGAAAUUGUGAAACGGCAAAGUGUGAAAGAUGAUGACAUAGAAGAGGGAGAUCUUCCUGAACACAAAAGGCCAUCAGAACCGAUAGAUUUCUCCAAAAUUGAUCCAAGCAAGCCUGAGAGUAUCCUGAAAAUGACCAAAAAAGGGAAAACUCUUAUGAUGUUUGUCACCGUGUCAGGAAAUCCCACUGAAAAGGAGACAGAAGAAAUUACCAGCCUGUGGCAGGGCAGUCUCUUCAAUGCAAACUAUGAUGUACAAAGGUUUAUUGUUGGCUCAAAUCGUGCCAUUUAUAUGCUGCGUGAUGGGAGCUAUGCGUGGGAGAUCAAAGACUUUCUGGUAAAUCAGGAGAGGUGUGCAGAUGUAACUCUAGAAGGUCAAGUGUACCCUGGCAAAGGAGCAGAAGAAAGUGAAAAAGUGAAAAAUAAAACAAAACCAGAGAAAACUACAAAGAAAAAAGAUGCAGACAAGAAAUCUAAACACCUCAAAGAAGAAAACCGCGAGCAAACAGAGAGAAGAUCUAUGACAAAUAAAUUAACCAGACUGAACACAAUACAUAGAAAAUCAACACUUGUGUUAUCCACAGAGGAAACUGAUUGUGUCUAAGUUUUGCAGCCUUACCAAUACAAUUUUUGGUUCUUUAAGGGGGCAGGUGUGGGAAUAAGAAGAGGAAGGAUUACUGCUUUAGGAGACUGUAUGUUAAAUGCCAGUUUACUUAUUAAUGUUGGGCAUUUACUUAGUAACAGCAAAGUUAAGAUUUAAUGUCUUGGAAUUGCCCUACUUUAGAUAGCAACUUUUUGUGUUACUUGUGCUCAGUUGGUUUAAGGUUAAAAUAGACACCAGUGUAUCUGAUGUUAUGGACUUUGUUCAUAUGGUAAAAAGGAAAAAAGAAUUGUGAUCCUUACAUUGCAGAAAAGUUAAUAUGUAGUGGUAAUUGACUGUUGUGGUUAGGUGUUAUGUCAGUGAUUCCUAUAGUCACUACUAAGUAGUAGACUAAACUGGUACAAUACGUUUCUGGGAGACAUACAGACUGUGUGGUCAUUGAAUCAUAUUCACUAUGAUUUCAAUGAACAGUAUUCUGACUUCAGGCAAAGUAUACCCUCAGAGUACCACAGCUGGCAUUGAGACAAGUGCCUAGAUGCAUAAUAUAAGAUAGACACAUAAAAUACUGUUUUGUUUGUACUCUGAAUCAGCAAAAGCAAGGAGAUUCUCAGGACCUGAUCCUCUAGUAAUCUCUAUCUGCAUGAAUGAGGCAUAACCCAGUGGGAAUCAAUGGACUUAUAAUGGCAGUCUGAAAAUGGUUUAAGUGGAAGACCCAGAUGUAUUUAGGUGAAUUCAGUGGGAGUUAGAGGCCUAAAUACCUUUUGAGGAUCUGGGCAUUGGUGUGUAUGUUGCCAGUCCAAUUUUUGUUUUAGAAUGCUGAGUUCUUACAGAGUAAAAGAUGAGUUAAAAGAAAAGCAGCUAUAACUCUGAAUUUGUUUUUUAUUGGGUUGAGAGUUUUAUUUUACUCUAUAUAAGUAUUAAUUGCCAUGCUGAGGAAAACUAAUGUACUGCUAGCCAUCUAGGGCCUGACCAUUCUGUCAAUUACAUGCUAACAGCUUCCAUUAAAUGCAGCUGAUGAAUUAGGGGGGAGCAUUUGUUGGUUUUUAAUAAUUGGUUCAGUCUGCUUGAAUAAUUCCUCGUGAAAACAAUAAAAUCAGUCUCCCUUUGCAGCAAUCAUAAAUACUGGAAAAGUUGAUUGGGGGUAGGAGGGCGGGAUAUAUAAAUCCUCUUCAAAAGACAGGUUUAUUUUAUUCUAACUGUAUCCGCAUAACUGUAUGACUUUGAAGUUUUUCCUCAAAUAUGUUGAGGAAUAAAUGCAUAAUGACCUAGAGCACACACCCAAUUCAGGUUUAGAGGUAUAAUAUUAGAUAUGUUUGAUGUUACUGAAAUGAAGUUAUUUUGAUUUUUAAGGUGCCAAAAUUGAUGUGUUUUACUUUAGAUGACUAAAAGGGUCUAACUUGAACCAUAAUGGUUAAUAUUUUUACACUGAAUUAUUUUGUGAGUGGUUAAGUUUUCUGUUGACUUAGAGUAUGUCUACCAUAUUCGAAAUAGUCAAUGAAGCCAGGGAUUUAAAUAUCCAUGCUUUAUUAGCAUGAUCUCGCCGGCGUGUUACUCUGAUCAACAGCUGUUUCGAAAGUGAAAGUGUGCACCGGGACAUGUUAGUUCGAACCAAACCCCUUAACACGUCCCGGCGUGAACUUUCAGUUCCGAAACAGCUGUUGAUCAGAGUAAUGCGCCAGCGAGAUCAUUCUAAUAAAGCAUGGGAUAUUUAAAUCCCCGCUUCAUUGACUAUUUCGAAUGCCUACAUUUGCAUCCCUAGUUCAAACUAGGGUGCAAGUGUAGACAUACCCUUAGUGUUUGUUUCAGAAUAAGAAUGUAACUGAAUUUGUACACAAAUAGAAUCUGGUUUUGUUUCAAAAUUUACCUUUUACAAUUGUGCAUGAUAUGUUAAUUUCAGUAAAUUAUUUUCAGGAUACAGGCUAAUCCCUCUCUGUUUUCCAUAAUUACUCAGAAGUAAAGACUAAAAUUAUGUGGAUAAAACAUGCAGGUAUUAAUACGCAUAUCUUCACUCUUCCCCUUGCAGGACUUUGUGUGAAUUAAAGAUUAAAUUGUAGUCAAUUGCAGUAGAAAAGAUUGCUGUAAAUGUAUGUCUGCCCAGCACUUUGAGUGAAAAGCUGUAAAGCAGUUGUGUCUUGGGGAUUAACUAUAUUGCUUUUCUGCACUGGUAUUCAUGGCGAAGAUACAGAGCAAUUCAGACAACUCAGUGUAGAUAUUUGAUAUUCAGAAUGUUUCCUGCUCUUGUAAACAUGUUGUUAUCUCAUCUAUCAUUGAUCUGUUGCUUUCAAGUACUCAUUCUGCAGUGCCUUUGUUUGGAGUAUUGCGUCAUUUUUCAGGAAAGAAUCACAAGCCAACUCAAAUGAAAAACUGUAAAAUCAAAAAUAUUUCUUAGUGGAUUUCAAACAUGUUAUAAUUUACCUUGUAAAUUCUAGAAUCCUCUUAACAAUAAACUAAGGAUAUUUUAAUAUGGAUAUAAA